AUACAGAAGAAAACCGACUGCAUAGCUUAAGCGUGGAAACAUGCGGACAUUCUUAAGAUACUCUGGAAAAAAUUAGCGGGUGGUACCGCCUCGGUCGACAAUGUUUAUUAGCGAUUAUUCGAGUAGCGGUCUAUUCAAUGAACUAGAAAAAUGUACAGCUUAUACAUAUUUGACCAUAAAAAGUACUAGCUUCGCCACUGGAGUCAAACUCCAUAUAACACGUGUGUUUCGCAUAUGUGAAAGACAAAACAAAGUGCGAAGUUCAAAAGCGUUUUCAGACUGUUUGCGAUAGGCAAAUGCAUUUUUUCUCCAUAAAACGAAAUAAUGAAUUUAGUGAGGUUAUGUGCCGUAAUAUAGGACAGUUAAUAUCGCAUAUCCGAUACUAGGAACCAGUUAAAAUAAAAAUAAAAAAAAAUGAAGUUAAGAAGAAACCAAAGGACAAUAUCCAAGGAAAGGGAAAACAGAAAAUAGCUAAGCGAUCUUUAAGCUCUUCUAGUGAAGAUACCGAAACAGAAGUGCAAUUAAUUGACAGUGAUUAUGAUAUGGAUAGAGAUGAGGAAGACGCUGAGUGUCUAUUCUGUAACAAUUUUUAUUAUUUGUAACGCAAGAGGGGAAUAAUGAAUAGGAUGCAAUCAAUGUUUCCGUGUCUCAUGAAGAAUGAGCGGGGACUGACAAAAAUUCAGCUUUUAUAUGUGACAAUUGUUUGUAUUCAUUACCCAUUUUAUGAAAUUUGUUGAGAUUAAUUACCAAUUUUUCUCAUUUUGUUAAGUUAUUUUGCUCCUUGGUAUUAAAUUAAUAAACCAUGAAAAUAAAUUCCUUUGGCCUUUUUUCC